UUUUUUUUUCCAUUUCUGUUGUUAUGAAACAAAACCAAAUUGUGUUUUAAAUCAAACACAAAGAAAUACGAAUCGAGCAACGAACAAUUUUCUAUUCAUUUUCACUUAAAAUUUCAUCGUAUCAACAACUAUUGGACAUCAAAAAAAGAUUUUAUUCUGUUUUGAAAAAAAAAUUCACAAUGAAAAUGAAAAUUGAAAAGAUUCUCAUCUCUGAUCCAGUAGAUGAAGCAGCUAUACAGAUUUUACGUGAACGUAAUAUUCAUUGUGAUUUACGGCCAGGUUUACCACAAAAUGAAUUGAUCACCAUUAUAAAGGACUAUGAUGCAUUAAUUGUACGUAGUGGUACUCAAGUAACCAAAGAAGUGAUUGAAGCUGGUCAAAAUUUAAAAUUGAUUGGUCGUGCCGGUGUCGGUGUCGAUAAUAUUGAUUGUCGUGCAGCAACAAGUGCCGGUAUUAUUGUCAUCAAUGCACCUGGUGGUAAUACUAUUUCGGCUGUUGAAUUGACAUGUACAAUGAUAUUAUCGACAGCACGUAUGGUGCCACAAGCAUGUCAUUCACUUAAAUCGGGUAAAUGGGAUCGUAAAACAUUUGUUGGUAAUGAAGUUAAAGAUAAAACAUUGGCAAUCAUUGGUCUUGGACGAAUUGGUCGUGAAGUGGCUACACGAAUGCAAUCAUUCGAUAUGAAAACAAUUGGAUUCGAUCCAUUGGUAUCGGCCGAAGCGGCUCGUGAAUUUGGCGUCGAAUCAUUAACGUUGGAAGAGAUUUGGCCUAAAGCGGAUUUCAUAACUGUUCAUACACCGCUUAUACCACAAACAAAAAACAUGAUCAAUGCACAAACAUUACAAAAAUGUAAAAAAGGUGUACGUAUUAUUAACGUAGCACGUGGUGGUAUUAUCGAUGAGAAUGAUUUACUUGAAACAUUAAAAUCUGGUCAUUGUGCUGGUGCAGGUCUAGAUGUUUUCAUGGAAGAACCGCCUAAAAAUCGACAAUUAAUUGAACAUCCACGUGUGGUUUGUACACCACAUCUUGGCGCCAGUACCAAAGAGGCACAGAAUAAUGUAGCUAAAGAAAUUGCUUUACAAUUUUUGGAUAUUAUGGAUGGAAAAUCUGUACCAGGUGUUGUGAAUGCACCAUUAUUAUCGGAAAUGUUGAAACAUCAGAAUUUAUUAUGGACACGAUUGGGUCGUAAUCUUGGAACGAUUGCCGCAAUGGAUUCAUCAUCAACACGAUCAUUAAAAGUGAUCAUCUCUGGUAAUGAAGCACGUAAAGUGGCAAAAUUGAUACGAGAAACUGUUUUAGUUGGCUUCCUUACAAUGAUUACCGGCAAAGAAGUUAAACUGAUUUCAGCAUCCGAUUUGGCCGCUAAUAUGAAUAUUGAAGCUAAAUUAGAAUUGGAUGAAUCAUCGGGCCAUUGUUGUUUCAGUAAGAUUCGUUUACAAACCGAUUCUGGUAAUGAAUAUGUUGGCAUACCACAAGGUCGUCGUUCAUAUCUUAAUGAAAUGAAUGGUCAUCGAUUUGAGCCAGUAAUUGCUAUGGAAGGUCAUAUUACAUUCAUACAGAUUAAAAAUCCAUCUGGAUAUGAAACAUUGAUGAAAUCAUUGUCUACAAUAUCAUCAACGAUUAAAGCCAUAACUAGAUCUGAUGAUCUUUUAUUGAUAGCUAUACAUUCAACUGGACCAUUAGAAACAUUGCCAAAUGAAAAUGUUGAUUAUGUUAAAGUGAUUCGAAUGAAUUUCUAGAUAGUAUAGAUCAAUAUCUAAGUUUGUGGUGUUUUUCUUUGCACGCAAAUUUUUAUAUAUCGAAAUCAAUCAUUCGAUUCUCAUAUAUAUUUUUUUUUUCUUUUGGUUGAACGAGCUUUUAAU